AUGACGCCAUCCUACAGCUCCGGCCCCUCAGGGCCCGCCGGGGGGCGGAGGGCGGCGACCUUCGCCGGCGCGAGCGUGUUCCUGUCGCGGAAUCUGGUUGCCCCCGAGGUGUUCGACGCCGUGCACGACGCGCUCCGCCUCAACGGCGCCGAGGUCCUCCUCUGCGCCGACCCGAGCCGCACGGGAUCCCUCGACUUCCACGUCAUCUCAUCCUCCUCCCACGAGAGGUUCGCCGAUCUACGGGCUAAAGGCUGCAAUUUGCUAGGACCACAGUGCAUUCUUUCCUGUGCUAAAGAACGUCGUUUUCUACCUAAACAAAGUUAUACUUGUUGCCUUGCAAUGGAUGGGGUUAAAACACUUUGUUCAGGCUUUGAAAAGUCUGAGAAGGUUAGGAUUGAAGAACUAGUGACAGCCAUGGGAGGUCAUUUGCUAACUAGACACAACAUGGAUGUGAAUUUUGUAAUUGUGAAGGAUGUCACGGCUGCCAAAUAUAAAUGGGCUCUGAAUACUUUGAAGAAGCCCAUUGUCACCAUGAAGUGGUUAGAGCAAUGCUGGAUUGAACAUCGUGUUGUACCUCAUGAACCUUACAGGAUUCUUCCCUUUACUGGGUUGAAUAUCUGUGUCACUAAACUGGAUCCAGAUGAACGGAAGGAAUUGGAGAAAAUGGUAGUGCAGAAUGGUGACAAAUAUGUCGUGGCCCAAAAAUGGGGUAAUAUCCACAUUGUGAAUCCAAGAUGGGUUGAACAAUCUGUUGCUCGAAGAGCUUGUCAAGAUGAAAAUAGCUACCUCGUUUGUCAGAGUUCAUCUGCUUUUAGUGGUUCAAAGAGUUCCCUUAAGGAGCAACAAAAUCCAGAGAUCAGUAGCGCAAGUGCAAGCUUUCAACCUGUUCCAGCAACAUCAGUUGAUGACUCAGUAUCAAUGUCACAAUAUUUGCCUGCUUCAUUUGGCGAUGCUGCACGGAUCAGCAACACUGCAAUUGUUGGCACACCUAGUGUCCAAGAGAAAAAUGAGAUGCAGUUGCAGCUGAUUGUGCUUAUUUGUCUUGACAGUGAAAAAAAGGAGGUAAGACGUCUGGCUGCAUGGGGUGUAAUAAAUAUAGUGAAAGUAACAUGGUUAGAAGAUUGCAAUAGAGCAAAAAAGGAAGUGAAAGUAUCCCCAAUGCAUAUAGCUACUGAGCUCCUCUUGAAGGGAUUUUCACAAGUGGGCAUGGAAAAUUCUGCUGAUACACGUGAAACUAAGGUAGCCAAAAGCUCAGGUUGGAUUUUUCAUGUUCCAACUGUCGAUGACUUACAUGACAAACAUCAUGAAAAAGAUGUGUCAUCUGAAAGAAAACCAAAAAGAGGCAAACAUGAAAACAGUAUAAGUAAAACCCGAUCAGCAGCCAGGACUGCAAAAUCAAGUCAACAGAAUGGAAUGGUCAAUGUUAGCGAGUACCAGCCCCAAUAUCAAGUAACAUCCACAAUGAAUUCUGGAAGUAGCAGAUCAAAUAUAUUCAAAGGGAGAACAUUUAGUUUCUCAAAUUCAUUUUCUCAUGACAAGAGACCUGAGGUUGUUGAUUGGGUCAGAGAUGGUGGAGGCGUUAUGGUGGAUGACAAUGACAUACAAUCAACUGUUGUGGAUUUCAUAAUUGAGUGCCAUGGACAAAACAGCUUGCCUUGUGACUUGUCUCAUUCAGCUGUUGUUUCAACUCAAUGGAUACGAUCAUGUUUGGAGGAGAACUGCUUACAAGAUGUUGGGAGUCAUCCUAUCUUCUCCCCUUUGCGCUGUCGCAUCCCGUUCCCAGGAUUCAAAAGCUUCUAUUUCUGUAUUUCACAAUAUGGAGAGAAAGAAAGACAGCUGUUGAAGAACUUGUGCUUUCUACUGGGCGCUAAGUUUACAGAAAAAGCAUAUAAGAGAGUAACCCAUCUCAUCUGCAAAUUUGCAAGUGGUCCAAAGUAUGAGGUUUACACCAAAAGAGGAACUCCAACCAUUACUCCCGAGUGGCUCUAUGAGUGUGUAAAACAGGAUAAACUUCUCCCUGUUGAUCACUUUCAACCGAAACCACUUACAUCACAGGAUCAAGAUGCUUAUGUGUGCACUGUCAGCCAAUAUUCCACGCAGGCAACCAGAUUUGAUUCCUCUGAGCUGCUUAAUGGUUGUCAAGUAACAACAAACAAUGCAACACACAAUUCUGCUGGUGCUGGUAUUUCUGCAGUUCAUGAAGAAACAACUAUGCCUGCUGUUAGUAGAAAGAGAAGAAUAUCUGUUCCUGGCAAGGUUAACGAUACGUGCGGAAAUAUCGGAAGAUCUGAGAAACACCUCGACAAUAGCUCUGUCCCUGAUGUCGCAGAUGCCAUAGAGGUUCUAUCAUCCAAGAUUCAGGACGUGCAAUCUCCCAGGAGUAUAUUUGAACCUGACAAUUCUGUUGUUCAAGAGCAGAAAGAUACACACUCCUUUGGCAUUUCAAGGAGCUGGUUGAACAUGCAACAGAAGCAAGACAACACCCCUGACACAAAGGUUAAAAACUUAAACUCCACACCAGUCCCCUCCCCAGCUCCCACUACUUACUACCCUUUCAGUGAGACGCAGACGGAAUCUCAGGUCGUUGGAUACGAAGAAGAUUUAACAGGCAGGCAGAAGAUCAUAGACAGGGUUCGGUCUCAGAGCAUUAAUGUGACUCCCUCGGGUGAGAUUCCUUAG